UUGUGUAAAAAAGAAAGUCACUUGUGUAGUGUCGUCGUUGCUGUAGGGGAUCACACAAAAAUCAAGAUGGAUUUCACGUAUUUUCUGGUUAUUCUGGCCGCAAUUUCGCCAGCUUUGGCAACCACACCACUAGUAAUGUGGCAUGGAAUGGGUGACAGCUGUUGCAACCCCCUAAGUCUUGGGUCAAUCCAAAAAAUGAUUGAGAAACUCGUACCUGGCAUUUAUGUUCACUCUCUUGAGAUCGGAAGUGGAAUCGUUGAGGACACUACCAAUGGAUUCUUUAUGAAUGUGAAUGACCAGAUUGCCAUGGCAUGUCAAAAGAUAAAAGCUGAUCCCAAACUGGCUAAAGGAUACAACUCCAUUGGUUUCUCCCAAGGUGGUCAAUUCCUGAGAUCUGUUGCUCAAGAAUGCCCGUACCCACCGAUGCUGAAUCUCAUCUCAGUAGGUGGACAGCAUCAAGGUGUUUUUGGUCUCCCCCACUGUCCUGGGAACUCCAGUUCCAUCUGUGAUAUGGUCAGGAAACUUCUGAAUCUUGGAGCAUAUGUCGAGUUUGUCCAGGACAUGCUCGUCCAGGCUGAGUAUUGGCAUGACCCCUUGAAUGAGGACGAGUAUAGAAACAAAAGCGUUUAUCUCGCUGUGACAAACCAAGAAAAGAAAGUUAACAUGGCCUACAAGGUAAAUCUCCAGAAGUUGAAGAAGUUUGUGAUGGUAAUGUUCACAGAAGACACCAUGGUACAGCCCAAGGAAAGCGAGUGGUUUGGCUUCUACAAACCUGGACAAACUAAGGAGUUGUACACACUGCAGGAGAGUCCACUUUACACAGAGGAUAAACUGGGUCUGAAAGCGAUGGACCAGGCUGGCAAACUUGUUUUCUUGAAGGCUCCUUUUGAUCAUCUGCAGUUCACCCAGGAAUGGUUUGAACAAAACCUUCUCAAGUACAUCCAGUAAACUCCCAAGACAGAAAGAGAUCAAAGUAGCACAUAACAAAAAGAAAAUGUUAACCUCUUUUGUAAACUAUUACUAUAGUACACCUUUUUUUAAAUACCGUACUCAGAAUUGUUUGCAACAAUUAGUUUUUAUACAUUUUAGAGAAUUUUGAUAAUGCAACGAGGAAAAAAUGCAUUAAGGAAAUUAUCGGCACAGAAUCAAUUGGGAAAUAACCCUGAUCUGAAAGCUGUUGGUAUCUAUGAAACAAUUUGGUUGUUACAUGUUUGUUUGGGAAACCAAUUUAUAGUUAAUGUGUAUUUUUCUUUUCCUGGUUAACUUUGAAAUAUAGUCUGUAAAACUGUUAUGCAUUGUUUUCUCGUUGCUCGGUAAUGCAAAUGUUUUUACGAACCUCAAUUCUCUUUUAAAUAGACCUGACUGUCCUUUUGGAUUCAGCUGUACAGCUGCGAGUGAGGAUGAUUAGCCUCCCCCCAAAAAAUAUAAAAACUGAGAAAAAUAUAAUUAGUUGUUUCAAAACUACUUACCAACCUCAAGGGCUAAUGGUAUAAAUGCAAAAAGAAGAUAGUCAAUUGCCUGAUGGUUCAACUUUAGGAGAGAUUUGCUCAAAAGCUAAAAUACGACAGUUUUUUGUUGGUUGCCAUUAAACCUUCCAGAAAGACUCUGCUAGGGUCGAAAUGGCAGGGCAUUAUCUUGUUUUUUUGCAACUAUUUUAACUAUAAUACAAACACUUGAUUCCUAAAUGUUCAUGGAAAUUAAAGUUCAUAUGAGACUUGCAUAGAUCAGGUACAACGUUUGGGACUUGAUUUAUAAUCUGCAGUUUGAUUUCUGUCUAAACAAUCAAAGUAAGUUUGAAACAAAAAAAUGUUGAAACUGUUAGAUGUAUAUUUUGUUUUUGUUGAAGGUUUUAGUUAAAGGGCAGUGAUUGACCAUGUGUUAAGUGGUAUACAGUAUAUACCUUGGUGUGUUAAAGCCAUUGGACCCUUUCGGUUCAGAAAAAAAAAAAAAAGUUCACAGAUUUA